AUGGUGGCACCCUACAUUGAUCUUGACGACGGCUGCAACCGUCGGCUGGAUCCUCUGCUCGCAUACCCCGCCUGGGUGCGCCGCACGGCCCCCACGGGUAUCUCGAACGAUGCCAUGGGGUCUGUCCCGCAACACCCGUUCUUCCUUCGCGUGAUUGAAGUGUUACAGUCCUAUGACCGCAGCUGGCUGCUCCCCUACAUCACGGUGAUGUACUCGACGGGCCCAUUGUUUCUGUCGGUCAUCUGGAAACAGUACAUGAGCGAGAUGCCGAACGAGUCGAGUCGCGUCCGCAUCCUCAUGCCCGAUGAAUACAACAAAUUCAGCUGGAGUUUCUUCACCCACCACGUCGGCAACAGCUGGCACGGCAAAGACGCCCGGCUCAUCUUCUGGAUGGGACAGCACUGGAUAUUCCUGACCUUCCUUGGGUUCCUGCUGGCAGGGACCGUCGGAUACUGCCUGUGGUGCUCGUACGGUCGACUGAUGGUCUGGGGAUCGAAGUACCGCUACCGCUACGCGAAGCUGCCGUCCUUCAUCUCCAUGCCCCGACUGUCGUCUCCGUCCCGCGGCUCUCGGCGCGCGAUGCCCACGCUCCUCCGUCGCGUCAGCUUCAAGGACGAAGAAGCCGGGGCGGUCGAGACGUCGUACGAACUCUACAGCCGCCGCGACUAA